GGAUGCUGGGGCUCCGAGGCGACGGCCGGGGGGCGGGGGCCGAGGCAGGUAUAACGGUACCGGCGGAGGCAGCGCCGCCGCUCUUGCCUUCUCCCCAGGAGGGGGGCAAAUGGCGAGCGAGAAACCGGGCCCGGGGCUCGAGCCUCCGCCCGUGGGGCUCAUCGCCGUCGGGGCCGGAGGCGGAGGCGGCGGGGGCAGCGCCGGUGGCGGCGGCGGGGGCAGCGGGAUGGGGGAGCUGAGGGGGCCGUCCGGCUCCGGCUCGGUGGUGCUGCCCGCGGGGAUGAUUAACCCUUCGGUGCCGAUCCGCAACAUCCGGAUGAAAUUCGCAGUGUUGAUUGGACUCAUACAGGUCGGAGAGGUCAGCAACAGGGACAUCGUGGAGACGGUGCUCAACCUGCUGGUUGGUGGAGAAUUUGACUUGGAGAUGAACUUUAUUAUCCAGGAUGCCGAGAGUAUAACAUGCAUGACAGAGCUUUUGGAACACUGUGAUGUCACAUGUCAAGCAGAAAUAUGGAGCAUGUUUACAGCCAUCCUACGAAAAAGUGUUCGGAAUUUACAGACUAGCACAGAAGUUGGGCUAAUUGAGCAAGUAUUGCUGAAAAUGAGUGCUGUAGAUGACAUGAUAGCAGAUCUUCUAGUUGAUAUGUUGGGGGUUCUUGCCAGCUACAGCAUCACUGUCAAGGAGUUGAAGCUUUUGUUCAGCAUGCUUCGAGGAGAAAGUGGAAUCUGGCCAAGACAUGCGGUAAAAUUAUUAUCAGUUCUUAAUCAGAUGCCACAGAGACAUGGUCCUGAUACUUUUUUCAAUUUUCCCGGGUGUAGUGCUGCGGCAAUUGCAUUGCCUCCCAUUGCAAAGUGGCCUUAUCAGAAUGGCUUCACCCUCAACACUUGGUUUCGUAUGGAUCCAUUAAAUAACAUUAAUGUUGAUAAGGAUAAACCUUAUCUUUAUUGUUUUCGUACUAGCAAAGGAGUUGGUUACUCUGCUCAUUUUGUUGGCAAUUGUCUGAUAGUCACAUCACUGAAGUCUAAAGGAAAAGGUUUUCAGCACUGUGUGAAAUAUGAUUUUCAACCGCGCAAGUGGUACAUGAUCAGCAUUGUCCACAUUUACAAUCGAUGGAGGAACAGUGAAAUUCGGUGUUACGUUAAUGGACAGCUGGUAUCCUAUGGUGAUAUGGCUUGGCAUGUUAACACAAACGAUAGCUAUGACAAGUGCUUUCUCGGAUCUUCAGAAACUGCUGAUGCAAAUAGGGUAUUUUGUGGUCAACUUGGUGCCGUGUAUGUGUUCAGUGAAGCCCUCAACCCUGCACAGAUAUUUGCAAUUCAUCAGUUAGGACCUGGAUAUAAGAGCACCUUCAAGUUUAAAUCUGAGAGUGAUAUUCAUUUGGCAGAACAUCAUAAACAGGUUCUGUAUGAUGGGAAACUUGCAAGUAGUAUCGCAUUUACAUAUAAUGCUAAGGCCACUGAUGCUCAGCUAUGCCUGGAAUCAUCACCAAAGGAAAAUGCAUCAAUCUUUGUGCAUUCUCCACAUGCUCUAAUGCUCCAGGAUGUGAAAGCUAUAGUAACACAUUCAAUUCAUAGUGCAAUUCAUUCAAUUGGAGGGAUUCAAGUGCUUUUCCCACUUUUUGCACAACUAGACAAUCGGCAGCUCAAUGACAGUCAGGUGGAAACAACUGUCUGUGCUACUCUUUUGGCAUUCCUGGUUGAACUACUUAAAAGUUCAGUAGCCAUGCAAGAACAGAUGCUGGGUGGAAAAGGCUUUUUAGUCAUUGGCUACUUACUUGAAAAGUCAUCAAGAGUUCAUAUAACUAGAGCUGUCCUAGAGCAGUUUUUAUCCUUUGCAAAAUACCUUGAUGGUUUAUCUCAUGGAGCACCUUUGCUGAAGCAGCUUUGUGAUCACAUUUUAUUCAACCCAGCCAUCUGGAUACAUACACCUGCAAAGGUUCAGCUUUCCCUAUACACGUAUUUGUCUGCUGAAUUUAUUGGAACUGCUACCAUUUACACCACCAUUCGCAGAGUAGGAACAGUAUUACAGUUAAUGCACACACUAAAAUAUUACUACUGGGUCAUUAAUCCUGCUGACAGUAGUGGCAUUACACCCAAAGGUUUAGAUGGUCCCCGGCCUUCACAGAAAGAAAUUAUAUCUCUGCGGGCAUUUAUGCUACUUUUCCUGAAGCAGCUUAUAUUAAAGGAUCGAGGGGUCAAAGAAGAUGAACUUCAGAGUAUAUUAAAUUACCUACUUACAAUGCAUGAGGAUGAAAAUAUUCAUGAUGUGUUACAGUUACUAGUGGCUUUAAUGUCGGAACACCCAGCCUCAAUGAUACCAGCAUUUGAUCAAAGAAACGGAAUAAGGGUAAUCUACAAAUUAUUGGCCUCUAAAAGUGAAAGUAUUUGGGUUCAAGCUCUGAAGGUUCUGGGAUACUUUCUGAAGCAUUUAGGUCACAAGAGAAAAGUUGAAAUUAUGCAUACCCAUAGCCUUUUCACUCUUCUUGGAGAAAGACUGAUGUUGCAUACAAACACUGUGACUGUCACCACAUACAACACACUUUAUGAGAUUUUGACAGAGCAAGUAUGUACUCAGGUUGUACACAAACCACAUCCAGAGCCAGAUUCUACAGUGAAAAUUCAGAAUCCAAUGAUUCUUAAGGUAGUGGCAACUUUGUUAAAAAACUCUACACCGAGUGCAGAACUGAUGGAAGUUCGUCGUUUAUUUUUAUCUGAUAUGAUAAAACUUUUCAGUAACAGCCGAGAAAAUAGAAGAUGCUUAUUGCAGUGUUCAGUGUGGCAGGAUUGGAUGUUUUCUCUUGGCUAUAUCAAUCCUAAAAAUUCUGAGGAACAGAAGAUUACUGAGAUGGUCUACAAUAUCUUCCGGAUACUUUUAUAUCAUGCAAUAAAAUAUGAAUGGGGAGGCUGGAGAGUCUGGGUGGAUACACUCUCAAUAGCCCACUCCAAGGUCACUUAUGAAGCACAUAAGGAAUACCUAGCCAAAAUGUAUGAAGAGUACCAGAGACAAGAGGAGGAAAACAUUAAAAAGGGAAAGAAAGGGAAUGUGAGCACCAUCUCUGGUCUUUCGUCACAGACAACAGGAGCAAAAGGUGGAAUGGAAAUUCGAGAGAUAGAAGAUCUCUCACAAAGCCAGAGCCCAGAAAGUGAGACAGAUUACCCUGUCAGCACAGAUACUAGAGACUUGCUCAUGUCCACAAAAGUGUCAGAUGAUAUUCUUGGAAAUUCAGACAGACCGGGAAGUGGUGUACAUGUGGAAGUGCACGAUCUUUUAGUUGAUAUCAAAGCAGAGAAGGUGGAGGCAACAGAAGUAAAGCUUGAUGAUAUGGAUCUGUCCCCAGAGACUUUAGUAGGUGGAGAGAAUGGUGCCCUUGUGGAGGUUGAGUCUUUGCUGGAUAAUGUAUACAGUGCUGCUGUUGAGAAACUCCAGAACAAUGUACAUGGAAGUGUCGGUAUCAUUAAAAAAAAUGAAGACAAGGAUAACGGUCCGUUGAUAACUUUAGCAGAUGAGAAGGAUGACCUUCCCAACAGUAGCACAUCGUUUCUCUUUGAUAAAAUUCCCAAACAGGAGGAGAAACUCCUUCCUGAACUUUCUAGCAAUCACAUUAUUCCAAACAUUCAGGACACGCAAGUACAUCUUGGUGUUGGUGAUGAUCUUGGAUUGCUGGCUCACAUGACUGGUAGUGUAGACUUAACUUGUACAUCAAGUAUAAUAGAAGAAAAAGAGUUUAAAAUCCAUACAACUUCUGAUGGAAUGAGCAGUAUUUCUGAAAGAGACCCAGCACCAUCGUCUAAAGGGCUAGAGUAUGCCGAAAUGACUGCCACAACUCUGGAAACAGAAUCUUCUGGCAGCAAAGUUGUACCAAAUCUGGAUGCGGGAAGUAUAAUUUCAGACACCGAGAGAUCUGAUGAUGGCAAAGAAUCGGGAAAGGAAAUCCGAAAAAUCCAGACCACCGCUACAACACAGGCUGUUCAGGGUCGGUCGAUCACACAACAAGACAGAGAUCUCCGAGUUGAUUUAGGAUUUCGAGGAAUGCCAAUGACUGAGGAACAGAGGCGCCAGUUCAGCCCAGGUCCACGCACUACGAUGUUUCGUAUUCCUGAGUUUAAAUGGUCUCCAAUGCACCAACGACUUCUCACCGAUUUGCUAUUUGCAUUAGAAACAGAUGUACAUGUUUGGAGGAGCCAUUCCACAAAGUCUGUAAUGGAUUUUGUCAAUAGCAAUGAAAAUAUUAUUUUUGUACAUAACACAAUUCACCUCAUUUCUCAAAUGGUAGACAACAUUAUCAUUGCUUGCGGAGGAAUUUUACCUUUGCUCUCAGCUGCUACAUCACCAACUGGUUCUAAGACGGAGUUGGAAAAUAUUGAAGUGACACAAGGCAUGUCAGCUGAGACAGCAGUAACUUUCCUCAGCCGAUUGAUGGCUAUGGUUGAUGUACUUGUAUUUGCCAGCUCUCUAAAUUUUAGUGAGAUUGAAGCUGAAAAAAACAUGUCUUCUGGAGGUUUAAUGCGACAGUGCCUAAGGCUGGUUUGCUGUGUUGCUGUGAGAAACUGUUUAGAAUGUCGGCAGAGACAGAGAGACAGGGGAAACAAGUCUUCCCAUGGAAGCAGUAAACCUCAGGAAGCUCCCCAAGGUGUGACUGCCACAGCAGCUUCCAAGACUCCACUAGAGAAUGUUCCAGGUAACCUUUCUCCAAUUAAGGAUCCCGACAGACUUCUUCAGGAUGUUGAUAUCAAUCGCCUUCGUGCAGUUGUCUUUCGGGAUGUGGACGAUAGCAAGCAGGCACAGUUCUUAGCUCUAGCUGUUGUUUACUUCAUUUCGGUUCUGAUGGUUUCCAAGUAUCGUGACAUUUUAGAACCCCAGCGAGAGACUGCAAGAACUGGAAGCCAAGGUAGAAACAUCAGACAAGAAAUAAAUUCACCUACAAGUACAGUUGUGGUCAUACCAUCUAUCCCUCAUCCAAGUUUGAACCAUGGAUUCCUUGCCAAGUUAAUUCCUGAGCAGAGCUUUGCCCACUCAUUUUACAAAGAAACACCUGCUACAUUUCCAGACACUGUAAAGGAAAAAGAAACACCAACCCCUGGUGAAGAUAUUCAGCUAGAAAGUUCCAUUCCUCAUACAGAUUCAGGAAUUGGAGAGGAGCAAGUGGCGAGCAUCCUGAAUGGAGCAGAAUUAGAGACUAGCGCAGGCCCUGAUGCCAUGAGUGAACUGUUAUCCACUUUGUCAUCUGAAGUGAAAAAGUCACAGGAAAGCUUAACUGAGAACCCCAGUGAAAUGUUGAAGCCUGCACCAUCCAUAUCUAGCAUUAGUCAAACCAAAGGCAUCAAUGUCAAGGAAAUACUGAAAAGUCUUGUGGCCGCCCCAGUUGAAAUUGCAGAAUGUGGCCCUGAACCGAUCCCCUACCCAGAUCCAGCACUGAAGAGAGAAGCACAGGCUAUUCUUCCCAUGCAGUUUCAUUCCUUUGACAGGAGUGUCGUGGUGCCUGUUAAGAAGCCACCUCCAGGCAGUUUAGCUGUAACCACUGUAGGAGCCACUGCUGCUGGAAGUGGGCUGCCAACAGGCAGUACCUCUAAUAUAUUUGCUGCUACUGGAGCUACACCAAAAAGUAUGAUUAAUACAACAGGUGCCGUGGAUUCGGGGUCCUCCUCCUCUUCCUCCUCUUCUAGUUUUGUGAAUGGUGCUACCAGCAAAAACCUUCCAGCUGUACAAACUGUUGCUCCCAUGCCAGAAGAUUCGGCUGAAAACAUGAGCAUCACUGCAAAACUUGAAAGAGCUUUAGAAAAAGUUGCUCCUCUUCUUCGUGAAAUUUUUGUAGACUUUGCCCCAUUCCUAUCUCGUACACUUCUUGGCAGUCAUGGACAAGAGCUAUUGAUAGAAGGCCUUGUUUGUAUGAAGUCCAGCACAUCUGUGGUUGAGCUUGUUAUGCUGCUUUGUUCUCAGGAAUGGCAAAAUUCUAUUCAGAAGAAUGCAGGACUUGCAUUUAUUGAACUCAUCAAUGAAGGAAGAUUACUGUGCCAUGCUAUGAAGGACCAUAUCGUUCGUGUUGCAAAUGAAGCUGAGUUUAUUUUGAACAGACAAAGAGCUGAGGAUGUACAUAAACAUGCAGAAUUUGAGUCCCAGUGUGCCCAGUACGCCGCUGAUAGAAGAGAAGAGGAAAAGAUGUGUGACCACCUCAUCAGCGCUGCAAAACAUCGGGACCAUGUGACUGCAAAUCAGCUGAAACAGAAGAUCCUCAACAUCCUUACAAAUAAGCAUGGUGCUUGGGGAGCAGUUUCUCAUAGCCAGUUGCACGAUUUCUGGCGUUUGGAUUACUGGGAAGAUGAUCUUCGUCGAAGGAGACGGUUUGUCCGUAAUGCAUUUGGCUCCACUCAUGCGGAAGCAUUGCUCAAAGCUGCAAUAGAGUACGGCACUGAAGAAGAUGUCGUCAAGUCAAAGAAAACUUUCAGAAGCCAAGCAGUAGUGAAUCAGAAUGCAGAGACGGAGCUCAUGCUGGAAGGAGACGACGAUGCGGUCAGUCUGCUCCAAGAGAAAGAAAUCGACAAUCUUGCAGUUUUAGUUCCCUUUCUUCCCAAGCUGUUCAUCUCAAGAGGCCCAGUGGUUCUCAGCACUCCUGCCCAGCUCAUCGCUCCAGUGGUGGUGGCCAAGGGAACUCUCUCCAUCACCACCACAGAAAUCUACUUCGAGGUAGAUGAGGAUGAUCCUGCCUUCAAGAAGAUCGACACGAAAGUUCUUGCGUACACUGAGGGGCUUCAUGGAAAAUGGAUGUUCAGCGAGAUUCGAGCUGUGUUUUCGAGACGUUAUCUUCUACAAAACACUGCUUUGGAAGUAUUUAUGGCAAACCGAACUUCAGUUAUGUUUAAUUUUCCUGAUCAAGCAACAGUAAAAAAAGUUGUCUACAGCUUGCCUCGGGUUGGAGUAGGGACCAGCUAUGGUUUGCCACAAGCCAGGAGGAUAUCACUGGCCACUCCUCGACAGCUUUAUAAAUCUUCCAACAUGACUCAGCGUUGGCAAAGAAGAGAAAUCUCAAACUUUGAAUAUUUGAUGUUUCUUAAUACUAUAGCAGGUCGGACAUAUAAUGAUCUGAACCAGUAUCCUGUAUUUCCAUGGGUAUUAACAAACUAUGAAUCAGAAGAGUUGGAUUUGACUCUGCCAGGAAACUUCAGGGAUCUAUCAAAGCCGAUUGGUGCUUUGAACCCAAAGAGAGCUGUAUUUUACGCAGAGCGUUACGAGACAUGGGAAGAUGACCAGAGCCCACCCUACCAUUAUAACACACACUACUCAACGGCAACGUCCACCUUGUCCUGGCUUGUUCGAAUUGAACCUUUCACAACGUUCUUCCUCAAUGCAAAUGAUGGAAAAUUUGACCAUCCUAAUCGAACCUUCUCCUCUGUCGCAAGGUCUUGGAGAACUAGUCAGAGAGAUACUUCUGAUGUAAAGGAACUAAUUCCAGAGUUCUAUUACCUCCCCGAGAUGUUUGUCAACAGCAAUGGCUAUAAUCUGGGCGUCAGAGAGGAUGAGGUGGUGGUAAAUGAUGUUGAUCUUCCCCCUUGGGCAAAAAAACCUGAAGACUUUGUUCGGAUCAACAGGAUGGCUCUGGAAAGUGAGUUUGUUUCUUGCCAACUCCAUCAGUGGAUUGACCUCAUAUUUGGCUAUAAGCAGCGAGGACCAGAAGCAGUCCGGGCUCUGAAUGUUUUUCACUACCUGACCUAUGAAGGCUCCGUGAACCUGGAUAGUAUCACUGACCCUGUGCUGAGGGAGAUUCCAGAGGCUUAUUUCAUUAGAGAUCCCCAUACGUUCCUUCUUACACAGGACUUUAUUAAGGCCAUGGAGGCACAGAUACAGAACUUUGGACAAACGCCAUCUCAGUUGCUUAUUGAGCCACAUCCGCCUCGGAGCUCUGCCAUGCACCUGUGUUUCCUUCCACAGAGUCCACUCAUGUUUAAAGAUCAGAUGCAACAGGAUGUGAUCAUGGUGCUGAAGUUUCCAUCAAACUCUCCAGUGACCCACGUGGCGGCAAACACACUUCCCCACCUGACCAUCCCGGCGGUGGUGACCGUGACCUGCAGCAGGCUGUUUGCCGUGAACCGAUGGCACAACACUGUAGGCCUAAGAGGAGCUCCAGGUUACUCCUUGGACCAAGCCCAUCAUCUUCCCAUUGAAAUGGAUCCACUCAUUGCCAAUAACUCUGGUGUGAACAAACGGCAGAUCACAGACCUCGUGGACCAGAGCAUACAGAUCAAUGCACAUUGUUUUGUGGUCACAGCAGAUAAUCGCUAUAUUCUUAUCUGUGGAUUCUGGGAUAAGAGCUUCCGAGUUUAUUCUACAGAAACAGGGAAGCUAACUCAGAUUGUAUUUGGCCACUGGGAUGUGGUCACCUGCUUGGCCAGGUCUGAGUCCUACAUCGGUGGGGACUGCUACAUUGUGUCUGGGUCUCGAGACGCCACCCUGCUCCUCUGGUACUGGAGUGGGCGACACCAUAUCAUAGGAGACAACCCGAAUAGCAGUGACUAUCCUGCACCAAGAGCCGUCCUCACAGGCCACGACCACGAAGUUGUCUGUGUUUCCGUCUGUGCAGAACUUGGCCUUGUUAUCAGCGGUGCUAAAGAGGGCCCUUGCCUUGUCCACACGAUCACUGGAGAUUUGCUAAGAGCCCUUGAAGGACCAGAAAACUGCUUGUUCCCACGCUUGAUUUCUGUCUCCAGCGAAGGCCACUGUAUCAUCUACUAUGAACGAGGGCGAUUCAGCAAUUUCAGCAUCAAUGGGAAACUUUUAGCUCAAAUGGAGAUCAACGAUUCAACACGGGCCAUUCUCCUGAGCAGCGAUGGCCAGAACCUGGUGACUGGAGGAGACAAUGGCGUGGUGGAGGUCUGGCAGGCCUGCGACUUCAAGCAGCUGUACAUCUACCCCGGAUGCGACGCCGGCAUCAGAGCAAUGGACUUAUCCCAUGACCAGAGGACUCUGAUCACUGGCAUGGCUUCUGGUAGCAUUGUAGCUUUUAAUAUAGAUUUUAAUCGGUGGCAUUAUGAGCAUCAGAACAGAUACUGAAGACAAAUGAAGAACCAAAAGCCAAGUUAAAGCUGAGAGCACAAGUGCUGCGUGGAAAGGCAAUAUCUCUGGUGGAAAAAACUCGUCUACAUCGACCUCCGUUUGUACAUUCCAUCACACCCAGCAAUAGCUGUACAUUGUAGUCAGCAGCCAUUUUACUUUGUGUGUUUUUUCACGACUGAACACCAGCUGCUACCAAGCAAGCUUAUAUCAUGUAAAUUAUAUGAAUUAGGAAAUGUUUUGGUAAUUAUUUCAUAUAUUGUUGUUUAUCGAGAAAAGGUGGUAGGACGUGUCACAAGAGACUUUUGACAAUUCUGAGGAACCUUGUGUCCAGUUGUUACAAAGUUUAAGCUUUGAACCUAACCUGCAUCCCAUUUCCAGCCUCUUUUCAAGCUGAGAAAAAAAACAAAAAACAACAAAAAAAAACAAACCACGUUUGAUAUUUUGUACAUCAAAUGCAUCUUAUUUAAAGGGAUACUUUUGUAAAAGUAAAACCUUGUAUAAAAAACAAAAUGUUUCUUAAUUUUAUUGUGGAGUUACAACUUGCAUGUUCUUUAAUCCUGAUGUCUUGACAGAACAGGUGCAUCGACACUAGGAAAUAGUAAGAUCUGUCCAAGGACACAGCUUGUAUGAAAGGAUUGAAUUUGGGCUCAAUUAGUAAUUUUUGACAUUUUCACUAAAAUAUGAUUUGCACUUUCUAAUCAAAAUUCAUCCGUCCUAAGUGAAAUUUGCUCAUAAAGCAUUUAGAUACUAAGCCAUUUUUUUUGGUUGCCAUUUUUGGUACUUUUUACAAAGAAAAUUUAGCCCUACCCUUCAUAAUUUGAAGACACAGCAGAAAGGGGGCUUAGGGAUGAGGUCCUGGUUUUAUUGUAUAAAUAGGAGUCCCGAUUGUUAGUUCCAUAGUAAUGACUUACCAACUCCUGGACAACUCUUCCAGAAUCAUCCUGCUGGCUUAGCGUGUGUACAUUAGGGGAGGAGAAUCUGAUGCUAAUUUUUUUUUGCUUUUUUUUUUCUCUUUGGUUCCUGAAUAGCUUAGUUUCUUUAAUAAUAAAUCAGACUUUAUUAUAACAAUAACUGAAGUUAUUCUUUUAGGUUUGUGUGAAAUUCUCACCUAAAGCCACAUUCUUAGCCUAAGGCACUUCGUCUUUUAUGAUAUAAAAUGAUGGCUAUCAAAUGAUUUUCCAUACAUUGUACUGAUCAAGUUACACACCCAGGGGUAUAUACACUUUAUUCAUGUUUCUUCUUUGUAUAUUUGGUGACUGUAUCGUCAUAGAUGUACAUAUUGUGUCGGUAGGGCUAUGAGGCAUGUUACAGGAAUGUAAUUUUCUCAGAAUUUACACUCACUUGCAGUCAUUUAUUUAAAAAGAUAAAACAAGAUAAUGGGUUCUUUGUAUUGGCACUUUGCACCAGAAACAUAUCAUUAUUUAUUGAUGUGAUUACUUAUUUGUUAUCCACCUUGUACUAGUAAGUUUUAGCACUGAAUUCCUUCUUCAUUGUUGUUUGUAUUUAUGAGAUUCUGAAAUUCCGGGGAAUCAGCGUAAUGAUUAAGUUAUUCAUCACCAGGCUGUAAGCAAUAUCUUGAGUUUGUAGCUUAGAAUUGGGAGGAUAAUGAACAUCUGGAAGACAAGUUCAUUUCAUCUUGAGAUCAUGGUGAAAUAUUUUGGAUAUAUAAAUUCCUUAAGCUAUUGUAACCAUGUUUUAUUGCAAAGAUGUAAAAUAUGCCAGAUGUGUGUGAGUUGGAAAUCAAAAAAAAGAAAAAUAAAAUAUGCAAAGAAUUCA